AUUGCACUGAAGUCACUUUAAUUCUGAAGAAGCAAAGGGGAAGAGAAACUGGCAGCUACACUACAGCUGGGGCCGUCUUGAGACUUCAUCAUGGAUGUUUGUCCCACCAGCUCAUCUGACUUGAGUGAGACUGAAGAGGCUGAGGUCGAGAUAAUCAAGAAGCACAGGACAGAACUGCUGGAGGACAUUCAGAAGCUAAAAGAUGAGAUUGCUGAAGUAUUUGCAGAGAUAGAUCGUUUCCAGCAGUCACAGUCCAGCAAACUAAUACAGAGGGAUAAAGUUUUGAGCACAGGAAGAAAGAAAUUUAACAUGGAUCCAACUAAGGGGAUCCAAUAUCUGACUGAGCACAAAGUGCUGUCCUCAGAUGUGCAAGAAAUUGCCAAAUUCCUUUACAAAGGAGAAGGCCUCAAUAAGACAGCCAUUGGAGAUUAUCUGGGACAGAGGGAUCCAUUGAACCUCCAGGUUCUUCAGGCCUUUGUCGAGUGCCACCAAUUUGCCAACCUCAACCUAGUGCAAGCGCUAAGGCAGUUCCUGUGGAGCUUCCGGUUGCCAGGAGAGGCACAGAAAAUUGACCGUAUGAUGGAAGCUUUUGCCAACCGGUAUUGUCAGUGCAACCCAGGUGUUUUCCAAUCAAUAGACACCUGCUACAUCCUCUCCUUCUCCAUCAUAAUGUUGAACACCAGCCUGCAUAAUCCCAAUGUCAAAGACAAGCCCCCCUUUGAGAGGUUUGUGUCCAUGAACAGAGGCAUCAAUGAUGGAGCGGACCUGCCGGAACCCCUCCUCAGGAAUUUGUUUGAUAGCAUCAAGAACGAGCCAUUCUCCAUCCCCGAGGAUGAUGGGAAUGAUCUCACCCACACUUUCUUCAACCCCAGCCGAGAAGGCUGGCUCCUUAAACUAGGGGGCAGAGUGAAGACUUGGAAACGGCGUUGGUUCAUUUUGACUGAUAACUGCUUGUACUAUUUUGAAUACACCACGGAUAAGGAGCCACUAGGGAUUAUUCCCCUGGAAAAUCUUUCUGUUCGGAAAGUAGAUGACCCGAAGAAACCAAACUGUUUUGAGCUUUUUAAUGCAAAUUGCAAGGGGCAGAAGAUCAAAGCCUGCAAAACUGAUGGGGAUGGAAAGGUGGUUGAAGGCAAGCACCAGUCUUACAAGAUCUCAGCGUCCUCGCCGGAGGAGCGUGACCUAUGGAUUGAAGCAAUAAGAAUCAGCAUUACUCGAGACCCUUUCUACGACCUAGUUGCAGCUCGUAAGAAAAAAAUCGCCAGCAAAAAAUAA